CAGUUGUUCAGUCCCCCAGACUCAUACAUGCAAAAGCACUCACAGAUUUACCCAAGCCCUGCUUAUUUAACAGACUUAUUUAAUAGAUUUAAAAUUAUAAACCGAGAGGAACAGACGUCUCGCUGAUCUCAUACCCAGGAUUUUGCACUGUUAUUUUAUAUUUACGUUUGACUGGAAGUAGAGUCCAACCUACAAAGAUGCAGAUGAGCUUUACCCUGCUUUGUGUCUCUCUGUGGGUCUUGUCGGCUCAGUUCUCAAAGACCCACGCCACAGCUUUUACGGCUCCAGAGAAAAGAGGCUGGACACUGAAUAGUGCUGGAUACCUGCUGGGGCCAUAUGCUCAGAGGACUCUGACUGUAAGGCAUGGAGGUGGGGUGGGGAAGCGGAACAGGUGGGAAGAAAACAUCUCCAAGCUGCCAGUGCACCAGCCUUCACACAGGUCUCUUACAGAUGAACCAAAUCUCCAUUCCCUCAUGGAUUUCCUUGUAUACCUGCGCAUGAAAGAGAAUGAAGUCACUGAGGAGUCAAACAGCUCUAUAUUUGAUGAAAUGACACAGUAGAAAAAAUUAUCACCACUUUGUUCCUCAUAUCAUGUUUUAAUUCUUACUAUGAUUUAUGCAGAAUUAUCAGAAUUAUGUGCAGUUCUUGAUGGUGCAUAAAAGUGCACAGCAGGACUUAUAUAAGACUUAUGUAAUUUUAUUAUAUAUUACACAAUGUUUUGUGAUUUUUAAACAACAUUUUACUUUUACAGUUUGUGUAUGCUUUUA